AUGUAUGUACUUUUAAUCACUUUAUUUGUAACAAGUAUUCAAGCUCAAAAUCAAUGUGCAUGUUCAUGUUGUCUUGGUCAAAAUUGUCAACCUACAAUUGUUGGUACUGUUAAUGUACAAAAUUGUUCAACAGACAUAUGUAUAUCACAAUGUCGUUGUACAUAUCCACAAUGUGCAGCAAAUUAUCCAUAUGGUCAAUUACUUGUACAAUGUUCAUCACCUGUUUAUAAUUUAUUUAAUUGUGAAUGUAAAUGUUGUAAUACAGGUAUAUAUACAUGUAUACCAAUAUUUGUUGGUUUUACUACUUCAUAUUUAUGUGAAGUAAGUUCAUGUAGUAUAGCAUGUAGUCAUCAAUAUUCAUCACAAUGUGUAUCAAAUCAAAAUGGACAAACUCAAGGUUUUUGUAUAGGUCCAUUGACAACAACAACAACAACUACACCUAUGAGUCCUUGGUUAGGUAAUAUAUGUACAUGUUCACAUUGUCAAUCAGGUUAUAUUUGUUCAUCAAAUCUAUUAGUUGGUAUAACUUCAGCAUCACAAUGUUCAACACCGGCUUGUACACAAGCAUGUCAAAAUCGAUAUUUAUCAACUUGUACACCAACAUAUUUAAAUCAAAUUAGUGGUGUAUGUUUAAAUGAAAUGAAUGGAAGAACAAAAUGUAAAUGUAAUUGUUGUGGUGGAUAUGGUUGUAUAGAUUAUGAACUUAAUACAAAUGAAACUUGUACAUCAUGUUAUGCAAAAUGUCUACAAGUAUCACCUUGUACAAAUACACUUCCAGUAACAUAUACAUGUACUUUAAAUAAAUCUAUGAUAUUGAUGAAUUAUUCUCUUUCAAUUAUUAUUUUGACAUUAUUAAUUGUUGUGAUUUUUAAAAAUUAA